CAGCCGCCGCCUCCAGCCGCCGCCUCCCUCACCAUGCAGCGAACACACACCACCGAGAGCCUGCGCAUACCAGGCGCCAACAUCUCGACGCUCAACAUGAACAAGGCCCCGCGGCCAGGCAUUGAGCGCGCCCCCACAUCCACCAACCUCACGCGGCCACUGCCCAUCCAGCGCCUCGAGGGCAAGGUCGUCAUGAUCACUGGCGGCGGCGGCAAGGUCGGCGUCGAGUCGGCCGGCCGUCUGCUCAUUGAGGGCUGCAACGUUGCCCUCAUCGACAUUGACCAGAAUGCUCUCGAGGCUGCCGUGCCCGUCCUCAAGGCCGCCAUUGCCACGGGCGUGCCCAUAGAAUCCCGCCUCCUGACCAUUGUGGCCGACUGCACAAAGGAGCCCGACGUCGAGGCCUGUGCCAAGAAGGUCGUCCAGCGCUUUUCGAGGCUCGAUGCCGCUCUCUUGAACUGCUGCCAGAGGGGGGCGUCCAAGAGCAUUUUCGACGUGACCGAGGACGACUUUGACCGCAUCAUGACCAUCAAUGCAAAGUCUGCUUUCCUCGGCGUCAAAUACGCUGCAACAGCCAUGCAAACUACCGCCGGCGGCGGCUCCAUAAUAAUCCGGUCCUCCAUCGCUGGUCUCCGCGGCUUCCCCAACCUCAUCUCGUACAGCGCCUCCAAAUUCGCUCUCCGCGGCAUUGCUCUUACCGCCGCCGAGGAGCUAGGCCCUCACGGCAUCCGCGUCAACACCAUCCACACGAGCAUCAUCCAGACGACUGGCUACAAGGAUGGCUGGAGCAAGGACACGCUCGACGAGCUCAAAGAGGAAACAGCACUGGACCGCUUCAGCAGCCCCGAUGAUGUUGCCAGCGUCGUAGCCUUCCUAGUUAGCGAAGACAGCAAGUUUAUGACUGGCGGCCAUUUGAAGAUUGAUGGCGGCUGCGUUGCUGUUUAGAAAAGACAAAGAAGACAUGUUGCAUGCACCGUUCCUCGGGAAAAAACCGAAAUCAACAUUUUGGCAUGAUUGGAGUUUGGGGAUAUCUAGCCCAGAGAGGCUUUCUUUCUUGUUGUUAUUCAUAUUCAUAUUCUUCUUCUUCGUCUCCCUAAUCUUUGGGUUUUGGUCAUAGCUUGUUCUUAUUAGUUCUUUGCAUCCUCAAAACUUACAGACGGGGUUUAUUUUUUUCUUUCUAUAGAAGGGGGGGGGCUUCUUUUACUUUAGACGUUCUAGGGAAUAAACAGGCAUCGCAUGGUAUGGUUUGGUUUCAACAUGACUGGGCUGGCUGGGCAUCUUGAUCAUGGCGGAUCGGACAGAUGGAUACGGGAAUAAAUAGAAUAACAAACACAUUUACACUAUAUA